AUGAAAACGAUCGCUCAACUGCUAGCAAAUGUUCUCGUGUGCGUGAUCAACUUGGAACGGCAGCAGCAACGACGAGAAACCACUGUUCAGCUGCUUGAGAGCUGUGGGUUUUCCCGUAUUGGUGUGCUUCCAGCCAUUGAUGGACAAAAGCUUUUUAAGUCAGGCGGGAGAUUGAUGAAGCAGAACAAAAUCUGGCGCAUAUCAUGCGACUCAUACGACCAGACCAUAGCAGGCGAAGCAACACGCAUAACAGAUCGACUUCGAGUGUUUGGCCUUGCCCCCAAAGGAGGUACGAAUGUAUGGGCGCAAUUUGGAUUCAUGAAGUCCCACGAACCAGUCUUGCAUAUGGUUCGUCGUGAUCUUCCCAAGGAGAAAUUGGUAUUAGUAUGCGAAGAAGAUCUCCUCGUGCCAAACGCAAGCUGGAGAUCCGCGGAGCUUGUGUCCGUACUUGGACCGUUCAUAGAGCAGCUCACGAAGGAAUGUCCAAGAUGGGUCUCCUUAUUGCUUGGAGGCACUCCAGUCUUUGGUUACGCGGGCAAGAACGCGCCAACAGGUAUUACUGGCAUCAACAAAGCCGGAUGUGUCAUGCAGUCACAUGACUGUGGCGGCAUGCAGAGAAGAGCGACGAGCUACUAG